ACAGCGGCUGACUUAGCGCGUUCUUGAUCUAGAGGAUCAGAUCACCUCCAGUCGAGAGAGAGAGAUGGAAACGGACCGCGAACUGCAGCAGGAAAAAUUACGCACUUCCCAUCAACACGCAGAGUCAGAGGACAGUGAUGAGGAUCAGGAUCAUUGGAGCGUUUACAAGACUCAGCUCGAGAGAUGUCAGAGCCUUCAGUAUCUGAUCUUACAAUAGCAGGACCAGCUCUCCUCGGGUGUUCAGGGUUCUGUAAAUGUCCAGAGCUUGGACAGAUCUCUGAAAGACUUGCUCAGUGAACUGAAACAGACGCGGAUGCCCCUGACGUUCGAGUCUGUAGGCACAGACAAUCUCAUAAGUCGACCAAGUGCUCAAGCUGUGAAUGAACGGGUGCUACAUCACAACUCUGAGUUAACAAACUUUGUAUCAAGACUGACGGAAGAAAAGAUGGAGCUACGCAACACGUUAGGGAGACUGAAGGAAGAAAUAUGGAGAUACAGACAGAGGGGUUCCGAACACCAGAAUGGAGACGAUCUGACAGAGAAUCUGACAGAUCAGGAAAACGGACAUCUGGAAGCCCGUGCAACAUGGGCCAAAGAACGGCUCUCUCUGCAACUCACCCUCAAUCAGACGGAACAGGAACUGGACAAAUGUCGGACAGAUCUCAGACUGGAAAGGGAGCGUCGAGCUGUUGGCAGUGGACAUGGCACAGACGCAGACAGAGACAGGAUCCAACGCCUGUAUGGAAAAUUCCUGAGAGCGGACAGCUAUCGUAAGGCUUUGGUCUACCAGAAGAAGUACCUCCUGUUGUUACUGGGGGGAUUCCAAGACUGCGAGCAGACAACACUGGCACUCAUCGCCAGGAUGGGCGUUUAUCCAUCACCGGAAGAUCUCCACAGGACUGCCAGACACCGUAGACCUUUCACCGUGUUCCGGAGCGCCGCCAGGGUCGUGGUGGCUGUGUCGAGGAUGCGUUAUCUGGUGAGAAAAUGGAAGAGGGCCACGAGAGUGGGUUCCCCAGUGAUGGGAGGGACGGUGGACCUACAGCAAGGAUACACACCAGAUUCUAACAGUUACUCACCACCCUGCAUCAACACCCCGUCACGCUUGAGUGGCUUCGGACCUCUCGGCAGUCACACACCAUCGCCCUUCCAUCUCAACACACAAUCAUCGCCAUAUAGCCAGCCCUAUCUGUCUUCCAGUGUCAGCCAAAGAGGCAUCAAUAGUGGAGCUACUCCCAAUCACCCACUAGGGGGCACUUCAAGUGGUUACCGUAAUGGGAGUGGGAUAACCAAUGGAAUUUCACCUUAUCAGUCAGUGGGAUGGGUUUCUGAGAGUUACUAUGCCAAUGGAAACUUCUCAGUUCAUACCACUCCUCCCACUAGAGAUUACAGCAGCAAACCACACCCCUCAGGGGAACAUUCAGGUGCUAGACGAAAAUUUUUAGCCUCCUCCUCUCCAUCAAAUCCUGUCUCCUCAUCGUCGCCCGUCCGUCGUGUGAGAAUCACGGAACCUUCAUCAUUACAUGAUGACUACAUCAGUCGAUUAGAAAAUCUACAACAGCGUCUCAGUGGAAUGGAUUCUGGUGAGUGAAGAUCCGGA